AUGCCCCCGCACACCCCAAAACGAGCCUGCGAUCAAUGUCACACAUUGAAAGAAAAAUGCCGACGAUCGAGUGCGACAACCUCGUGCGAGCGAUGUGACCGAUUAAGUCAAACCUGCAAAACAACGCGAAAUCUCGCGACACCCGGACGAAAACCACGUGGUGCAAGAAAACUAUCCUAUAAUCUUCCAGCCUCUAUCCUCAGCUCGGCCACCCACAAUGCGAAGACUCUCGACCUAUCUUCAUCGAAAAGCAACACCCCAUAUCCACAUUUCUACCUCCCCUUCGACGAGGGAUUAUCCAGUAACCCGGCACUAUUCCCCGAACUAGACCUGUGGGAACGACACUUCCUGAAUCUUAUGAAAGACAUUGUCGCACCAUCCCCACUAGAUAAAUUUCUAAUCGGACCGAGCUUCGUCGAGUCACACCACCGUUUAUUUGUGCAGAAUCUGCUCCGGCCCGCCCCUACGCCUAUAUUAAGAGACGCUGCAGUCGCCUGUGCGGCCGUGCUUCUCGGGGACCAAUAUGCGCAAUACACCAAGACAGGUGUCGAAAUCGGACACCGACGAGCUGCAUUGGCUGUUUCGGGGUUGAGGUCGUUACAAAUAGCCAAGGAGCAGGAUAUGAUUACUGCACUCGUUUUAGGCGUGGCUAUGGUCACGUUCGCUAUGCAUGUUGCCGAUGGUCAGCCGUUUCUUAUAUCGCGUUAUACGUUGACGCUGGUCAAGCCGGUGUAUCACACUCUUUUGGCUAUGGAUGAUCCUGGUAUUAUGGAUUUCUUGAUGUGUUUGGUUACUUUGGAGACUUUUGAAUGUCUACUGAGGUCCGAGAUGCCGACUAUCCGCAUUGGUGAACUUGAUCGCUGCAAUGUUGUUGAUCGGUAUCUUGGGAUUAGCUCGUCACUUUUUGCUCAUCUAUAUGAUCUCUGCGAGGUUUGUAAUUCAUUGAAAGCUGCUGGUGGGAGAAUGGAUAUUGAAAUGGUUGAACGGUUGGGCACGAUACAAGAUACCUUGGAGAAAUGGCAACCCUCGCCACCACCAGAUUUGUCUGAAAGAUUUACACCUUUCGAGAUCACUGGGAUGCUUGCUCAGGCCAAUGUUCUUCGUCUUGCAGCUAUGCUUAUUGUACAUCGGCUACGUUAUGCCUUUGGGCAAUGCGACGACGAGGCAUUGCAAUUUUCCAGCGCUCUUACUGCGGAGAUCGAUAUGGUCUUACAAUCGACAGGGCGUUCAAUACCAUGCACAUCACUUCCAUAUGUGGUUGCAUGCUUUGAGAUCACUGGGACCGAAGCGCGAGCAGCGGUUCUCGGCAAAAUUCAUAAAGUCGCGACUUUCUCCAGGCAAUCGCAGCUUCAAGCUAGGCGCUCCCUGUCAUCAAUAUGGGAUGCGAGGGACAGCGGGGACCGGAUCUACUGGUUCAAUAUAGGCGAUUAUAUACGCAAGACGCCUUUCGCAUGA